AUGGACUAUCAAAUUGCGGCUCUCCUCCCGUGCCGGAGAACGCUUGCCGAAGCCGUCGCACCGUCGGGAGAAGAACCCAGCAACCUGACGGUGAGAAUCUUGCUCACUUGCGGAAUAUUCGCCGUUCUUUUCACGAUUCUCAGCCUCAUCGUGAUCUGCUUAUUCAAAUUCUGCCCGGCGUCCACCGAACAGGGCGACAAUUGCCACUCCGAAUCGAACAGGAAAGCGGCGGUGGAGGAAGUCUUGGCGACGUUUCCGGAGUUCACUUACGGCGCAGACAAAUCGCCGCCGCCGUCUUGCUCGUUCUCGACGGUGUGCUCGAUCUGCUUGGAGGAGUACGAGAUCGGGGAGCGCUUGAGGGUGCUGCCGAAUUGCGAUCACGUGUUUCACAGGGGAUGCAUCGAUCUCUGGCUCUCUACCCGCUCUUCCAGCUGCCCGAUUUGCAGGGAUCAGGCGGUGGCUCAGCAAUGCACGAAUUCCGCCGCCGCCGCCAGAAAUUGCAGAAACGGUGGCGGCGGGAGGAGUCGUCCGGCUCCAAUUUUUAUCAUGAAUUUCGGCGGUGGCCUUCAGUGA